AACCGCGGAAGUGGUUGCUAACCUGCUGCUCUGUUGUUCACCGGACAGACCGACAGCUAUGGAUAAAAGACCGCUCCCACACACUGAAGUCUCGUCUGUGUAACGUUGGGGAGCUCUGCAGAUGCCUUGAACAUGGCAAUGGUUGUUCGGAACACAGGUUUAGUUUUAUACCUCUGGACUGUUUUCAUCCAGUUCAGUCGCAUGUCAGGUCUUGGGAUCAAUGAACUGCUUUAUUUCCGGGUCAUAAGUCCAGAGGAGAUUGGGUACAUCUUCAGUGCAGCACCUGCUAAAGACUUCGGAGGAGAUUUUACAUCAUCAUAUGAUGAGAUUUUUCUCGUACCAGCAGACCCAGCAGACGGCUGCUCAGACCUGGAGGACAGAGAAAUCAUCCAGGGACAAGUAAUCCUGGUGGAGAGGGGAGGUUGCUCCUUUGUACAAAAGGCCCGACAUGUGGAGGAAGCAGGAGGCAAAGCUGUUCUGAUCGCUGAUAAUGCAGAGGACAACGACAGUCAGUACCUUGAUAUGAUCACUGAUGGAAGCACUGCUAAACCGAGCAUACCUGCUCUAUUCCUGCUGGGACGUGAUGGGAUGAUGAUCAGGCGAUCUCUUCAGAGACAAGCACUUCCGUGGGCUGUCAUUUCAAUCCCGGUCAAUGUUUCCUCUUUGGCUUCGUUCCCACUCAAACAGCCCCCGUGGACACUGUGGUAGAAAUGACUCACACCCAAAACUUCAUGCACUUACUCACUCAAUAAAUUGUCUUUCAUCAGUGCAUGUAGUAGCCGCAAUGGAGGAACUCACAGCCUCACAGGGAAAUUCUUUGAUGUUGGUUAAACAAAUUUGCACGAACUCGUGGUCAACCAAUAAAAUUAACAUAUGUACACAUGAUUAUGUCAUGCCCAAAUACACAUCCAAGGGCAUGUGGUGCAAACCUUUUUAACAGUGUUCAAAUAGACUCUUUGCCAGGGCUGUUGGCCCCUGGUGAGGACAUACAAACUCAGCAAGAAACAUAUGUGCUUAUUGUCAGUGCUCAAUUGAAGUUGACUGAAUUAGCCAGUGGUUUUGAAGAUAAUGAGUCUGUUUUACAGUUGAGUACUCUCCAGGAACUUCUGUACACUAGUCAGUCGUGAAAGUAGAAAAUCUGCUACGCAUUAAUAUAACGCAUACAAAUUGAAGUGUACUAUUUAUUUGCCUUGUCAAAUAGUACAAGCUGUUGUGUAUGCCUCUAUGGGAUAAAGAAGGAAAAAGAACAGGCCAUAAUAGUAUAUGCUAUAAUUCAGUUUAAUACAGCAUACCAGGAAUGUCAUCUCACUGUAAAAAAAAUAUUACCAAAUUCCUGCUUAUUUGCAUGAACUCAAACAGUGUGAUCAAAAAUGUUUUGUCUCUCUUAUCGUUAAUAAAUAUGAAAUGAUUUUUUUUGCUUAAAAAAUUAUAAUUUAUUUGGUAUCUAUACCAACUUUUAAGACCAUACCAACUUUGUUUUGUCUUUUUGGGCCUGAGGCUGAAUAACCCAGACCACUGUAAGAAGUAUAAUGUGUACAUUCAUUUUAUCUACUACUCCAGAUCCAAAAUUCAAGACCUGUUUAGAACAGUUUGGAUGAACAAGAUUGAUGUAGACACAUUGUGUAUACAAAGUAAAGACAAUGAAAAACGACGUAUGACAAAAAGCCUUUUGUGAAAAUGACAAAAAAAACAAAAACAAGGUAGAACUGGCGCCCAGUGAACCAAGGUUGAGUCCUUGCUACUCAUCUACUAGUCCUAGUCUACUAGUCCCCAGCUGUCCUAUCCACUGAAGACAAGCUCCAAAAAAUAUAUAUAUAAAAAACAUUUCCUUGAAUACAUUUUGCAUUAUUUUAUACUAAUUAGAGCAUUAGCCCUCCCCCAUUAUUGUUUUUCAUAAUAUAAGCACAAUGGGCAGAGUGACACUUCGCAGGAUGUCACUCAAUUAGGGGGGUUUGGGAUCCUAAUACUAUUUUGCAUCUUAACAAUAUAAUACAGGUGUUUACUUUUGGCCUGUGACCCAUCAUUAAGUUUUAGUUUUGGCCUUUCAGGAGAAAAAGGUUUAGUACCCUGGUUUAGAUGUUUAGAAUAGGUAUUUUGUAUUUAGUAUGUCUUCUUAAAAAGCAAUUUCCCUCUAUUUUUUGCCAACACAAUUUAUCCCUAGUUUGAGUUCAUCCCAAGUACUACUGACCUCCAUACCUGACUGUAGUUUGCAGAUGUUGGAGUUAUUACUUGAAACUUACUAUAAUUAUACCAGCUCUUGCAUUUUAUUGGACCUUGUUUGUUAAUAACAACUUUUUUUAAAAUAUCUGUACUUUUCAUUUCCUAUACAGUUCUCAUUGCACUGGUGUUCCUUUUUAAACUAUCCGUAAUGAGGUUUCUGACAAUUUUCCUGUGAAUUUUUGAUGAGUUUUUUCUUGUCUUCAGAGAGUAUGUACUUAACUGGUUGUUGUUUAUUGAUCGAAUAUAGGUCUGUAACCCCCAUUGAUCCAUGUAGCCUAUAAAGAGGGUUAGGGACAUAUAACUGGAUUGGAGUGCAGAGUUCAAAAACCUUUUGAAUUGAAAGUACACAAAUGCUUCAUAAAGUACCUGACCUAUUACAGUAUUUUGAUGAUGAAUGAGGCACUAAAUCAACUGCAACACCUGGGCACACACCAGUUAAAGCCAACUAGAGCAAUGCAUGUUUGCUUUUGACUUUCCGUCCACCCACACGCUACAAUAAGAUAAGCUUGUUUGAUAAACUGCAUGUAAGUGUCCCGGGAAGCAUCUCACAUAUGAAGUUGAAGGCUGCUAAAAUAUGUUCUUUGCUUCUGUAGAUUCUGUAGUUUUCUUUAUUUUUGUUGAAAGUACAAAAGGUUCAGAACAGCUGUUUGAAUUCAUUUCUUUUAGUAAAAGUUUCAAUCUGAGAGAUUUCAUCUAAGGACACGUGUGUUGGCCUUUGCAGUUAUAUGAACAGUUUGAGUAGUAUCUGAGGUUAACACCAGCUGCUAGGCCUCAACACAAAAUUAAACUCUGCAGUUCCUUCUGAUCUGAUAACAUUUUUCCAACAACAAUGUCAUUCUGCUAUAUGGACAAAGACUAAAAUGUGUAAAGUGCUUUCAUUUAAGAUGAGAAAAAGUAUGUUGUAUUUAUUUAUUUAUUGUUUUUUUCCAGAUUUAAAGUAGAAACUCAUAUCAGAAAAUGUUUAUUAAGGUCUGUAUAGUCUUUCACUUGAUAUAUGGUUAAUGUAGACUGGUUUAAUUUCAGAUUAUAUUGCCUUAUAAUAUAAAAGACAUUAUCUUUGGUCAUGUUGAUGUUCAGUUAUAUUUUCUGUCACAAAGGGACAAUCAUAAUAAACAUUUUGAAUAAAAACAGUCAAUAAAG